AUGGAUCUUAUACUGCCCACCGCUAAUCGUCUUCUUGUUGCAAAGUCCAAGCAGGUGCUGGAGCCUGAGAAAUCAAGACUCUUAAUCUCUAGAAUCCCUCACUAUGUUCCGUCUGAAGAACUGAACACUGUUCUCGCUGAGAAGUUUAUCUCAACAGAGUUUAAACUUGAUGUUAAGCCAGCAGAAACACAGGGAGGUUUUUAUUCUGCAGUUGUUGUUUUCGAAAGUUUUGAAGGAGCUGAUAAAGCUUUUAGUAAUUUUGAUACGUCCGAUGGUGUCUGCAUACCGGAGGAUUCGUUUGGUGUUCGACGUAAACUGAUGUUCUUAAAAGAGUCCGAGAUGUGUCCGUAA